CAAAUCUUCAAUCGCUUCCAUCCUACCGCCCUAUCCAGAUCUCGGUCUAUUUCGAGUAUUGGUUUCGUUCCAGGGCAUGUUGCAAGAUGCGCCAGAUAGACAGGACAGGGAUGAUAUGGACCCUGUUUCUUUUCCUCGAAGGACAGGGACCAUCCGGUCCGAUUGGAAAGGGGGCCACGAUAGAGGGGAUAGGUAAGAGAACUACAGGCGGUUGACAAGCAAGUGACAGCCAUUGCUGUAAGCUUGAGGUGACUGUUGUACAACGUCUGGGGGGGGAACGCUGGUGACGGGCCACUUGGCGGCUGAGAGAAGAAAAGAAAAACCACAACUUCUGGUCUUCCCCUAUAUGUGCCACACCGACACGGUCAAUCCCACCACCAACGCCUCGCACCAUUUCCCUCGCUCCCUCAAAAUGACGGACUCGAACCCCCUCGUCCUCUACGACAUCUCAUCGACCAUCCAACCCCGAUCCUACGCCCCGAAUCCCUCCAAGGCGCGGCUCGCGCUGAGCUUCAAGCGGGUGCCCUUCAAGACGACCUGGGUCGACAUCCUCGACAUCGCCGACGUGCGCCGGGGGCUCGGCUGCUCGGCGGUGCGCCAGUUCGACGACGGGACCGACUUCUUCACGCUGCCCAUGCUGCGCGACCCGGCCUCGGGCCAGGUCGUGGGCGACUCGUUCGACAUCGCCAACUACCUCGAGGCCACGUUCCCGCACUCGGGCGGCUGCCUGUUCCCGCCGGCCUCGACCCGCACGGGGCUCAACUACGAGAGCCCGCACCGGGACACACCGUUCUACGCGCCGCUGACGACCCGCAAGGGGGCGCGGAACGAGGCCUACGCGCGCUUCAACGUGCACGUCGACGCCACCUUCUCGGCGCACGUGGUGCUCGUCGCCCACGCCCUCCCCUUCAACCCGAGCACCGCCGACGCCACCAGGGCGCUCUUCGCCAAGCGCGCGCACCUGGCCUCCUGGGACGACCUCUCCAUCCAGGGCGAGGCGAGGGUGCAGCUCCGGGCGGCGUUCAAGGUGGCCCUCACGUCGCUGGCCCGGCCGUUCAUGGUCCACGACGCCGGUCCGUACCUCGAGGGGGAGCAGGCCAACUACGCCGACCUGAUCGUGGGCGGGUGGCUGAACAUGCUCUCCGUCACCAUGCCCGGGGAGGAGUGGCAGGAUUUCAAGACGUGGCAUGGCGGCGUCUUUGGGCGGCUGCACGACGCCUUGCAGGAGAACUAUUUCGAGUGCAAGUAAGAGGAUGGAGCGGACCCAGGACUUGUUCACUUCCAGGAACUUGGACCUCAGUCCUUUAUCGGUGGUCCGCAUCAGAGUCGAUGGCAGUUGGUCGUUGUGUGGAGAGCUUAAGCAGCACGGCGACAUACUGGAUUUUCAAGCCCUUCGGAAGAGCUGGAAGAAGAAAAGGGUGACUCGGUACUAUUAUUGUUCACGCCAGUAUUCCUCUUUCUUUCUGAGAGGUAGCUGGAGGCAGCUUGAUGCUGGAGCCCCUGACAUGACGGAUACUGUUGCAUAAGUCUGAGGUUGAGAGUUCAAAAGCCGUCCUCCAGGCACACAAUGUAUGCUCUUCUCAAGCCCGCCACGAAGAACUCUGUACUCCAUCGGGAGGCACUAUGAGGAAGAAAUAUCCCCAGCAGCGCAUCCAAUGUGAGCUCCUAAUAGCUCACCUGGCCUUACCUGGCCUAUGGCGUUAAUAGAAAGCAUAUGGUCCUCACAGAUCAUGAUAGGGAGGACCACACGAACAGCAAAUAGUAUAGUCUGCCGGCCUGCCUAAUCACAUUAUAUGCCCCC